AUAUAUAUAUAUAUAUAUGCAUCGCGAACAGUGCCCCCGCAGUUUAGUCUAUAAAGUGACCUUUUCCCGAAAAAGUAGAGUAUUAUACGUCUGGACCAAUUCGGAUAUGUGCCACUGACAGCCGAUUAAAAUUUUGUUUUCUAUACAGAAAAUAUAAUAACACCACUGUUUUACCCAAACAGUCUAAGAAAAAAAGUGAAUGAGCAUCCUUAGCAGCAUAUAAUAUAAAACAUUUUACAAGGACAUUUCUCACAUAUUUUCAUCCAGACUGCAUUUUUUAAUUAUCUCGAUUUUUUUCCUUUACUUAUAACUAAUUGGUAUUGAUUAUUUUUACUGAACUCUUGUUUUUCUGUUUCACUACUAAUUUGUAUUUCGAUAUAAGAACACAUGUUUGAUUAUAUAAGACAAUAAAGCUCCUCUGGAAACUUUGAUCUGAUCACUGCUUUAAUAAGCUUUCUCUCGCCCAUGUCACUGUAAUUAAAUUAGAUCCGACCGUCUGACAGUAAAAACGACAAAUUGUUUCAGUCAUGUGUCUCGCAGUAGAUUGUAUUAUUAUAUAUUAGCACUCAUCUCGAUCUGAUGCACAGAACGCCUUUUACAGUAUAUUCUCUUAGACUGCAAUUUUAUCAAUAUUUUAUCUAUAGAAGUUAAACUCUUUUGUUUGUUAGACUUGAUACUGUAUGAGCAUUGAGCGUGUAUAAAAAUAGAAAAUGUACAGAUUACAGAGAUUUACAUUUCCAAUUAAUUAUCUUGAUAAAAUCAACAGAUUUUAUAAUGAAACAACUGAUAUACAUUUUUGUACACUGCGAGCGCUGCAACCAUAGUUUAUAGACAUUUUCCUUUAAUUUUCUUAAUUCUAUUUUUUAUAUACUUGCAUAAAUAUUUUUUUAUUAUAAUAUCUUUGUUAAAUGAAGUUUAAAGACUGAAAUAAAACCAGAUCGAUGAUAUUUUAAUGGAGGUUGACGUUGAGUGUAAUAAACCGCUGAUAGUUACAGUAUCGCAAAAAAAGAAAGUUAAAAGAAAAGCGAUUCUCUAUCGAUUCAGUUUCUUCGCGUGUAUGAAUAUUUGUAUGAUACUGGCCUUUUUCACUUCUAACUUGGGCGGAUCAAAGGGACUUAUCAAUGGAAACUUUGUCAUCUGGUAUUUUGCCGUACCACUGAUUUACUUCGAGGCUGGUCUUUGCUGCAAUUACCGAGCCCUCUUCUCAGUGUUUCGCGAUGGGUAUCUGCUCUCUUUUCUGAUGAUCUUCAUAUACGUACUGAUCCCGAUCGUCGCAAGGAUCGGUAGCUACUUGCUGGGCAGCGCCGGCGUCAACAGUCGCCUGCUCAAAGGAAUAGAAGUCUUACACUGCCUACCUCCACCAUUUAGUACAAGUUUAGUCUUAAGCAGAAUCGCAAACGCUGACAUCCCUACAAGUGUUGUCACAAUUUUGAUCUGUCAUUUUGGAGGGAUGCUCCUGUCACCUAUUUUGCUGUACAUAAUGCUUGGAGCGACGGUACCGCCACUAACCGAGAUAAAUUUGCGCGAGAUCACAUACAGCACGCUGAUACCGUUGGCGAUCGGCGUCUCCCUCAGAUCCAUUUGCUUCAAGGAGCAACAAUCCGUCGCGUCCUUGUCCCAAGUGGAUCGAACCAAGUGGAUAUCCCAGGUGUUGCUGUUGCUGACGGCCUACAAUCUCUUCUGUGAUGCUUUUACCAUUGACGCAGCUGCGCUGUACGCGAUCGAUAUCCUUCUAUGCGUAUUUAUCGCCUGCCUGAGCCAGGUACUGAUGACGUGCAUCUGCUGGACGUUGUGCAGCACGUGGCUGAGUCAAGACGUACUGCUGGCAACAGUCUUCACAUGCACUUACAAGUCCAUAGGCUUCGGCGGAUGGCUCAUGCGAACGGCCUUUCGCAACACGGUCCAGACCGCAGCGGUCAACUUACCACUGGGAAUAUUGACAGUAGCGCAACUGCUACUGGGCAGUUUGUUAGCGAGCUGGCUCGCACCGUAAUAUUUUUUAGUGAUCAACAUCGUGAUUCUAAAAUGAUUUUUUCACUGAAAUGUUUUGAAGCGAAAAUAGUGAAAAAUAUCUGAAGAAAACAAAUCUAGCCAAAAAAAACUUUGUAAUAAAAUAAUAAAAGCAAAAUUUUGUAGUACGAAAAGGUUAUAAAGAAUAAACGAGUUCAGAUUUUGGAUUCCCAUACAAAACAUAGCGAUUUUAUUCUACAAAUAAUGGGAUAAAUUUUAGUUAUUCGUCUGUUCUUCAUUCUUUCUUUGUUUUCUUUGUUUCUUUUUUUUUAAAUCAGUUACUUCUUUUUUAUCUUA